UAGAUAAUGGAUUUGAUCGCCAUUCUCUGUUUGGCGGCUGCUCUUCUAUUCCUCUACCACCCUCUCAGGGGCGUCAUCUGCCCAAGUUCGUCGAAAUUACCACUUCCACCGGGCCCAACCUUGCUAUCGGGACCAUUCCCGGAGAAAGACAUCGCCAAAACAUUUCAGAAAUGGAAUCAGAAGUAUGGGCCUAUCGUGAGCGCAACGAUUGGAGCCCAGAAAUUUAUCGUUUUGGGAAGCCGCCGAGCAGCCCAGGACCUCCUUGAGAGACGGGCCAGUAUAUAUAGCUCGCGUCCUGCGUCAAAGUUCUUGGAUAAAUACCUACACAAAGGACUGGCGUCUGCUUUCAUGCCAUAUGGUGCCCAAUGGAGACUCCAUCGACGACUGGGUUCAUCACUUCUCAGUGAAAAAGCGUCCAUCGUGUAUCGCCAUCUCCAGGACUUUGAGAGCAAGCGACUACUUCAAGACUUCUUGUCCACAGAUAACUUCUCGGAGGCUUUUCUCAGCUACACCUCUGGUAUCAUGUUCACUCUCGUAUACGGAAAAGGAAGAGGAAAAGAUGAUAGCGACCAUAAGAUGUUAUAUCAGAUUAACGAAAUGGCCACUUUCGUCCUUCAGAAAGCUUCUUUCGGAACUAUCUUGCUCGACCUUUUCCCUAUCCUCGACUGGCUUCCACAUUGCUUCUUGACCUGGAGAAAGAAGGCCGAGAGGCUCCACUACAAGACCAAAGAGGUCUAUACCCAGUGCGGCAAUAUCGCGCUGGAGGGCGACUGUUGGAACUGGAGCCGUGAAGUCUCUCAGAGGAACAAAGGAAAGGAGCUUCCCUGGGAAGGUGUUUGCUACGCGCUGGGAGAACUUUACGUAGCCGGAAUCCACACAACCAAGAUGGUCUUGGAGAUAUUUAUCAUGAUAUGUAUACUCCACAAGGAGGUGGUACAAAAAGCGCAAACAGAGCUAGAUUCCGUUGUCGGUGAAGAACGGUUACCGGCGUUUGACGACCUUGAAAAGCUUCCAUACAUCCGGGCAAUCGUUUCUGAGCUGCUCCGCUGGCAUCCUAUCUCUCCGAUUGGCGUUCCUCACGCAGUCAUACAAGACGACGAGUACAUGGGCUACCGUAUCCCUGCUAAUUCAACGGUAGUGGCGAAUCAAUAUGGAAUGAACAUGGACGAGGGGAUUUUUGACAAUCCCGCAUGUUUUAAUCCUGAUCGAUAUCUUGACAACCCCGAUCUACCUGUCUCUGCUUUUGGCUUUGGACGGCGGGUAUGUCCAGGCCACCGGCUCGCGCGGUCUAGUUUGAUGAUCGUCACUUCGCGCCUGCUUUGGGCAUACGAUAUCACCUCUGCAUCAGGAGCCACGGAGCUUAGCGACGAGUCAAGUCCCUCUUCAGUCAAAGCCUCGUUUCGAGCCAGGAGCUCUAAACACGAACAGGUUAUCAAGAAAGAGUGGGAAAGUUCGGAUAAAGACGAAAAGCGGAUCUUGGAAAGGAUUAGAGAAGGUAUGUAAAGGAUAGGAACAUACUUAUAUCCAGUGGAUAUCCUGAAAUUGCUGGAGCGUUUCAAAACCGAUUCGUACUGCAAGCUUUGAGCAGGGAUAGGAAAUACACAAUAAUUCCCCAGCCAUUGAUAAAAUGUUCGUUGACCGUCUAUGGGUGAGGAUUCAAAGUCUACUACUAAUACAUCUAUGGUGAUCAAAACUUGUGAUGGGUUGCAAUCA